CCUACCUCACCGUGGGGCCGUGCGUGUUCCCCCAUGCAGGAUUUCAGCCCAGCACGGGCUACUCCUGCUGCUUGCGCUACCUGCCUGCCCUCCCUGGCGCAGGGGGCAGGGGGACGGGCGGUCCCCCUCCUCGGAUCAAUGCGGACCCUGCUGGGUUCGUCACAGACUGCUAUUAUGAAUAUUCUGCCCUGUGAUUGGUGGGUGAGACACUUCUGUCAAAGACUUAAAUUCUGCUCUCCCUUUGCAAACAUGAAUGAACAAAUGCUUUAAAAUUAUUUUUCAAGUAGGUUUUUUGUGGAGUAUUUAUACUGCUACACAUUUCAAACAAGCAACUGAAAAGGUGCCCUGUGAAAUAUUUACAUAGAAUCAUAGAAUAAUAGGACUGGAAGGGACCUCAAGAGGUCUUCGAGUACAGCCCCCCGCCCUCAAGGCAGGACCAAGCUCCGUCUACAUAAUAGUAACAUGGAAGAGGACAGAAGCCUUUUUCAGUCCAUAGCCAGAGGUAUCAUCAGGACUGAAAAAUGCUGAAAUUCUGUCCAAGUUCCAUCACCUGGCAAAGUGAUUCUGUCACUCACAUUGUGGCAGAGAACAAUUCUUAUGCUGAAGUUCUGGAAUGGCUGAGAGGACACAAGAUGAGGGACAGCUCAAGGUUCAAACUCCUUGAUAUCUCUUGGUUCACGGCUUGCAUGGAAGCUGGAAAACCAGUGGAUUCAGAGAAAAAAUACCAACUUAUUGUACAACAGACUUAUCCUGCUACUUCGUAUACACCUGAAUUAGAAACUUCAUCAUUUGUUGCAGGCAGAGUUUCCCAGUAUGCAUGUCAAAGAAGGACCACCUUAAAUAACUGCAACAAAAAAUUCACGGAUGCUUUUGAGAUACUGGCUGGAAAUUAUGAAUUCAAAGAAAAUGCAGUACUCUGCCUUGCAUUUAUGAGAGCAGCCUCGGUGCUGAAAUCCCUUCCAUUUACUAUACUCAGAAUGCAUGACCUAGAAGGACUGCCCUGCAUGGGAGAUGAAAUCAGAGCUGUCAUUGAGGAGAUUAUUGAUGAAGGAGAGAGUUCUAGAGUUAAAGACGUGUUAACUGAUGGACGAUACCAAUCAUUUAAAGAAUUUAGUUCUGUUUUUGGAGUGGGAUUGAAGACAUCAGAAAAAUGGUAUAGAAUGGGUUUUCGGACACUAGAAGAUGUAAAAGCUGACAAGACCCUGAAGCUAUCAAGGAUGCAGAAAGCAGGUUUUCUCCACUAUGAAGACCUCAUUAGCUACGUAUCUAAGGUAGAAGCAGAUGCAGUAAGCGUGAUUGUUGAGGAUGCUGUACGGACAUUUUUACCAGAUGCUUUAGUGACCAUAACUGGUGGCUUCAGAAGGGGUAAAAAGAUUGGACAUGAUGUCGAUUUUCUAAUCACCAGUCCAGAGCUAAGAGAAGAGGAAGAAGUUUUACACAGAGUGAUUGACUUAUGGAAAAAGCAGGGCGUGCUUUUGUAUUAUGAUCUCGUUGAAUCAACAUUUGAGCAGGCAAAAUUACCAAGCCGAAAAGUUGAUGCUUUUGAUCACUACCAGAAAUGCUUUGCAAUUUUAAAAUGUCCUCAGCAAAGAGUGGACACCAGCAAUUGUGAUACAUCAAAAGAAUCUGAGAAGGCAAAAGCCAAAGCUUGGAAGGCAAUCCGCGUGGAUCUGGUUGUAAGCCCCUUUGAACAGUAUGCAUAUGCUCUGUUAGGUUGGACUGGCUCCAGGCAAUUUGAGCGUGACCUACGAAGAUAUGCCACUCAUGAAAGGAAGAUGAUGUUGGAUAACCAUGCCUUAUAUGAUAAGACUAAGAGGAUAUUUCUCAAAGCCAAAAGCGAGGAUGAAAUUUUUGCAUAUCUUGGCUUGGAUUACCUUGAACCCUGGGAAAGGAAUGCGUAAAAAUAUGCUUUCUUCAGUACACAGCUUUGGUAUAUCUUUGUGUUUGUAUUAGCGUAUUAUCUUUGUGUUUGUAGUAUCCUUUUGAAUUAGAUAUCUAAGUUAAAAGCAUCAAAUGUCUUUAUUUAUAAAGACAAUUACCAAAUAAAAUAUUAGUUAGAAUUCACUAUAGAUGUUGAUGUUUUAUGUGCUCCUAGAAUAAAGAUCUAUUGUAGCCCUGCAAACUUCUGUGCUUAAGUCAAGCACGCAAAAUGUGAGUCUCCACAGUAUUACUCCAGUUUUAUGCUGAUGGAGUUAAACUACAACUAUCGGACUAAAACUAUAAAGUGUUGCAGCGUGAAUCAGAAUGAAAAUAUAUACUUGGUUGAGCUUGUGGUGGACUUACACUGAACUCUCCUACAUGUCGCUGUUUGUCUGUGACUCAAUAUAUUUUGAAUGCCACAUCCGCUCAAUUCCAACAUUUCAGAUAAUGUUCUAGGUAUCAGUGGCCUGAACCCUAUUGAUUUUGGGGGAAAAUUAGAAAACCAAAAGGGA